ACUUUACUCCUGAGCUUGCAGGCUGCCUGGUCUACAGAAUACGUUGAAGUUAAAUGAUCAUCCAACAAAUAAGACAGGACAACAGUUUGCUCUCAGGCAAUACAUGCUUUAGCUUAUACUUAUAAUUUCCAAUGAUGUAGGUGUAGUACCAGCUCCAUUUUGGGCUGCCGGGUCCUAUUCCUGUCGGUCUAUUGUGUGGAUGGAUGGAAAGCUGUAUAGGGGGAGGAGGAGGUGAGGGCGAACCGAACAGAUAAGAGAACUGGCUUAUUUGCUCGCCGCUGCCUGUAGCCCAUAUUUUACAAGAGUCAACCUAGGGGUCUUGUCGUCUGUGUUACAGGCCAAAGACAACGAUAUCACAGCUCGGGAGCUACCGAGAGGACGGUAGCAUGAUAGUCGUGGAAAGGAAGAAACGGACGGAAGAGGGCCCGUAUCUGAAUUUUACUUUGCCUUCGCCGAAUUCAUUGAGUCGGUAACCAGCGUCCGACAUGGGGAAGGAGGUAAACGGUGUUUCGCGGAGUCGGUUUGAGGUGAGUCGACCAUCAGUGUUAACUGACAGCUAUUGACUCAUUUUUAGUGUAGCUUUAAAAGAUAUUAUGGUAAGGGCCUACAUCACCACUGUCGCUGUCUAUAAUAAAAACUGCGCUUAUAUUGAGGUUGUUGAUGCAGCUCUUCCGCAGUCAAUGUUUGGGAUUAGGUCAAACGCUGUUGUUUUGUUCUUACAACCUAUAGCCUAGGCCUGACUCGUUAUUCAGUGAAGGAAACAGCUCGUCAUGUUACACACAGCCUGUCGUGAUGUUUAAUUGUAAAUGGAGAUACUUAUAGGUCCUGAUAUGUUGUUCUCCUUCUCAUAUGCGCCGUCAAAACAAAGACACCGAGGCUAACGUUACAGAGCACGUCGAGGACAGCCCCACCGCCGCACAUUCGCAUAUUUCUCAGGAUAGGAACUUGUUGACUAUUAUUCCGAUAGUAUAGCUCGCUAUAUUUCAAUGGGAUGACAUAUUUUAAUACUUUUGUUGGCUUAUCUGCCGCGUUGGAUAAUAUCAAUGCAUGGCCGCUGCGCUUGAGGGGGCCUUGGGUUGUGACUACAUGCACCCCGUGUUAGCACAGAACUUUGAACAAAUAGGCCGAAGCUACUACGGUGUAACACACGCCACAACCCACGGGAUAAUGAUAGGAUAGGAGCAGCGUGUGGACGCACAUAUUCUGCAGUGUAGGUCUACAUGAUAUGCUAUUUACUUUGUUUAUUCGCCGUAAGCAUAGCUAGAUAUUUUUUGUGAAAACUUGUCUUGGAAUACCAUGUAUCCGGUCAGUGACAUUGGGCUGUGCAGCCUGAGCACUUGGUGUUGUUUAAUCCCCAGCUAGCGUGGGAUUUGUGUCUGGUUUUAUUUAUUUUUAACGGUGCAACAGCUGACGACUCAGAAGAUUCAGCCGUUACCUUCUGGCCCGACAGCUGCGGUCGAGCUGCCUGUCAAGUUAGUUCUAUGGCGAAAACGAAAACAGCGGAAAUGGCACGACCCCGCCUUCAGAAUAAAGUUAACGCGCAUGUCAGAGCUCAUAUCGGGAAGACCUAUUUUUGCGAAGUGACAGGCUUCCUACAAUUGAUGAAUGAGAAAGGACGUAAUGUUGUCUUAUAAUUCAAGAUUCCUUAUGUGGUGGUUAGUGUUGGUUAAAAACAUUUUUUAUCAUUAUCAUAUACUGGAGUCAUAAAGUGACGAGAAUUCAUUAGAAAUGACCUAUUUAUUUGCUCAUCUGUAAUGGUUUAUUUGUUUGUCAUCCGAUAUUCCUCUUAAAUGACAUAUUACAGUUGAAAACAGUUGCCUUGUUGGAUACUUGAUAUUUGAAGAUGAUAUAAGCAACUUCUGUAAGUAUAAUUUUCUGCAAGACUUUUAUUUUGAUAGGCCUUACCGGAAAUCACCUCUUAGGUUUGUUUUGACUCCACUGCUCUGCGGUAGAUACUGAUCUGUUGUAUACCAGCCCGAGACAAAAGACUACAGCAGUGGGAAAAGAAGAGAAAUAAUAAUGAAGCCCAACUCUUUUUCACAUGAAAGGAAUAUGUAAAUUAUGACUUUUAAGAUGAUUGAUUGUCAAUUUAAUUAUUUAUAAUUGGGUGUAUGGCUGUAAAAUAUGUAUAAGCAAAAGGCGAAAACCUAUAACCAAUGAAGUGCAGUCUUUACUGCUGGCUUGUCCCUCUGGGUAUUUGAUUAAUCACUUGUCCUUAAACACAUCCACGUUUGCAACGAAGGAUAGACUGAGUAUCUGAGCCCAAUCAAGCCAUCUGUUUGAUGUCAGUUCUUUAUGUGUAUCUCAGUUUAAUGUCUUACUGAUCUAAGUCAAUCAAAGGUUAGGGUCUUUCAAGGACCAACAUGAAACAGUUUUUCUAAAAAUAAUAUCCCAUAUUGUUUGCUUUACAAUGAUCUCUAGCUUGAGGUUACAGCUCACCCAGCUUUUACCUCCUGCCAGGCCUGCUUCACUGGCUAUAGCUGACCAGUGGAGAAAACAUAAUGCUCACAUUCAUGCAGCAUCAGGUUCAUUUCAUGUUAGAGUACAAAAGGGGACAGUGUAUGCCCGUCGACCAUGCGCAUCUGGUUCUUUGGAAAUGGCUCUGGAUUAUUUGGCCUGAGAGUUGUGCUGUUGAAGGCGAGCUGUCAGAGUCAAUUUGCCCCAAAUCCAAAUGCGAAAAUGUCUGUCCCUUCUUACUCCUUCAAAAUUUUACACGUCUGCGCUGGCAGGCAGUCCCUGAAUAGACAGCUGUGUGUGUGUGUGUGUGUGUGUGUGUGUGUGUGUGUGUGUGUGUGUGUGUGUGUGUGUGUGUGUGUGUGUGUGUGUGUGUGUGUGUGUGUGUGUGUGUGUGUGGGUGGGUGUGUGUGUGUGUGUGUGUGUGUGUGUAGAGGUUGUAUGUUUAUCAAAGGGACACAGAGAAGCUUUGACCAAGAGCUGACUAGAAUUUUAAACAGGUAAAUCUGACAGUUUUCUUUUGUUUUGUUUUUUUUUUGUUUGUUUUUUUUGUGAACUGCUGAUGUUUUCUUAAAUGUAUACGUAAGUCCAACAAAAUAAGUCACUAUCACAAAUGUUGCUAGCUGUGACAACCACAAUUUUAUUGGGCCGGAGUAUACUCUGUCAGGACCACUUAUUGCUUCUUUUAUUAAUAAUAAGCAAAUUAGCAUUUUAGUUACUUUGAAUCAUGAAUGCUACACAUUUGUACAGAAGUGCAGAUAAGGACUUGCAGAUCACAUGUUGGUCUCGUCACAGACUUUUUAUGCGCACACUGAAGCCCCCACCCCUUGAUUACCCCUUCCCAGGGUUAGAUUUAUCUUCCUAAAUCUGUGGAAGAAAAAGGAUUGGGCCAGAUGUUGCUUCACCCAUCUUGUUGUGACUGCAUGACUCCUGUUAUUUAUCAUUGUCUUGACAUGUAUGAUUUUCAAGACGUUAUGGACAACACAGGCCCUGAAUAACUGGGGGGUGUCUGUAUCUAAGUAGCUUUAUAAAGUCUCAUGUACUGUCUCUUUGUGCACUGAGGCCACUUCUGUGGAUUAUAGGCCAGUGUCUGUGCUCACAAGUCAUGCAAUUAUUUCUGUGAAAUGCAUUAGCUGUUCACAGAAGCGGGGGUGGAUUUUUUGGAGAGUCACAGAAGAUAUGUUGUAACUGACUGCAACAAUCUUUACCCUAGCACAUGCUAGUGUAAACAAACUAACCGUGUAAACAGCCUCUGAAAAACAUAUGUGAAGAGCAGAUAUCACAAUAGUAGAGGCCAUUGCAGUUCUGAAGUCCCUACAAAGUCCCAUCCAGCUGAUUACUUUCACAAAACACAAAAUUCAGUCCGAUGUGCUGCUUUGUCUUCUGUCCCCCUUUGUGUUUUCCAAGACCUGACUGAAUCAAUCUCAGAUUAGCAGAUUAUCAUAAUUUGUCCUUGCUUCAUUAUUGGGGCUGUCCUUGACUUAGGUUAGUAGUCAACGGAACCCCCCAUCCAUCUUACAACAGCCUGCAAAAACUAAUAUUAUCCCUCUGUUCUUUUUCAGAUGUUCACAAACAGCGAUGAGGCAGUCAUCAAUAAGAAGCUGCCUAAGGAGCUUUUGCUACGGUGAGUGACAUUUCAAAACACUUCGCUCAGACCGUCUGCUGGUUUAUACUUCACAAGCAAGGCUGGCAUGUUGCCCUACUGCACACUCCUUUCAUUUGCCCAUGAUCAGCACAUCCAAUCAUACACAGAAGCACCGCUGGCCUUGCUCCACCCUUCUCCCUCUCCAGCCCUCAGACACAGACACAUAUCCAGACUGUCCAUCUCACAGUCCUAGUGACUACUGUAUGCUUGCCAUAAUACAAACAUUUGAACUUACUAACCACCAGGAUGCCAGCAUCCCCUUCCUCUCCACCCUUCUCUGCUUCCUUGAUGCUAGGACUGUAAUUAAAUACAGAUGCCUGAAGCAAGAAAGCAAUCACAUUGAUUGAGGUUAAAAAAACAAACACAGAAGCCCUUGAGCAAACAGAAAAUGAAGGUCAUAACUCAAGCUUUGGCCUCGCUAGCCAAGUCGCCUCCUCUGUGGCUGCUGACUCUGUACAGCCUGGCUGUGUUCAGCGCUCUGAUUUGUGAGGCUGGCAGGCUGUGCUGGGAGCUACUGUGUCCCCACUCCAGUCCUAACUUAGCUUUUUGCUUUAUUAAGGCUAAUCUGGUAAGUUUACAGCUCUGCUCUUUGGAAAACAGAUCAUGUGUCUUCUCUACCAGGAUCCCACUUUGAGUAAACACGACUAUCCAUCCGACUGACAUCCUAGGACAAUAUUAGCUGUUUUGCUUGUGCAGGGAAGCAGAUGCAGGGCUGAGUCAAGGGGGCGGGUCUAGUGUUAAGAGAAAGCUUCUGGUAGUGAGGAUCAGGGUCUCUGAACCAAACCAUCCCUGUCUUUCUUCCAGAAUCUUCUCCUUUCUGGAUGUGGUGACACUCUGUCGCUGUGCCCAGGUCUCACGGGUGAGUCUGUGUUCACAAGGUGUGUGUAUGCAUGUGUGUGUGACUGUUCCUGUUUGUCUCUGUGUUUAUAAGUGUGUGUUCUCAAUGUGGUUGUUGUAUGACACAAAAAGCCAUGACCCUUAAUGUCAUUUUCUCCCUCUCUGCUCUCAGUCCUGGAACGUACUGGCCUUGGAUGGCAGCAACUGGCAACGGAUUGACCUCUUUGACUUUCAGAGGGAUAUUGAGGUGAGAAAAUCUAAUCACAUUUUACUCUACUCUUGCCUGUAGCUUAAAUAUUUGAUGGGAGCAGAGGACACAAUCUGACAGACUUGAGUUCUUUCUUUUUCUUUUUUUGCAGGGCCGGGUGGUGGAGAACAUCUCAAAGCGAUGUGGAGGGUUCCUUAGGAAGCUGAGCCUACGAGGUUGCCUGGGUGUUGGUGACAGUGCCCUGAGGUGAGUUUGGCAAGACUUAGCCUGACAGCAAAUCGAUUUUAGAUCCAGGUGAGGCUGAGCUUUGACUACCACCACAUAAAUAUUAAUGUCUUUUUCCUGCAGGACUUUCUCGCAGAACUGCAGAAACAUUGAGCUGCUUAGUCUAAAUGGCUGCACCAAGAUCACAGACAGGUAUGUGCACUGUUCCUUUCAAUACAGAUGCAACAGAAGACCUUUUCCUCUUCGCUAAAGCACUUAUUGUCUCUCUCCUCUCAGCACAUGUAAUAGCCUCAGUAAGUUCUGUCCAAAGCUGAAGCACCUGGACCUUGCCUCCUGUACCUCAAUCACAAACCUGUCGCUCAAAGCUCUCAGGUGUGUGAGCUUAAAUCUGUCAAUUUCCUUCUCUAAACAUUCAUAAUCGUAGAAAUGUUUACAGUCACAUGAUAAUGUACAGUACAUCAGGGCAGUUCUCCAGUUCUGGGUUCUUUUCAUUCUCUCUCCCCCCAUUGCUGAUUUUAACUUCUUGUUGUCUGCCCACCUCUUGUCAUGUCCUUUUUCUUAUUUCCUGCUGUCAGUGAGGGUUGUCCCCUGCUAGAGCAGCUCAACAUCUCCUGGUGUGAUCAAGUCACAAAGGAUGGCAUCCAGGCCCUGGUGCGUUCAUGCCCUGGACUGAAAGGCCUUUUUCUCAAGGGAUGCACACAGGUACAGCUUGUGACUUGGUAGUUCCAGUUUAGCUCUUGCUGCAACUGCAAAAUAAAGCAGACCAAACACACUUUAAAGAAGCUCAUCAAGGGCCAUCCUGUUAUGUUAACAGUCAAAAGUGCAGUGUGUAAGAAGCAGGAGGAUUCACAGGUCAGCAAUUCAAAUACAGGAGUACGGAAGCAUUCACUUACAGGAAGAAAAAAAAAAAGGAAACUGUUUUUUUUUUCUUUGCUGUUUUUCUGACUAAUUUUUUUUUUCUGUGUUUCGGGCUAAAUCUUUUUUUCUGUUUUUUUGUACUAAAUUUUUUUUCCCCCUCUUCUGUUUUUCUGACAAAUUUUUGUUGUUUUUUUUAUUUUUUUUUCUUUUUUCUGUUUUUUGGACUAAUUUUUUUCUUCAGUUUUUUUUUUACCCAUAUUUUUUCCCCUUUUUCUGUUGUUUGUACAAAAUUUUAUUCUGUUUUUUGUACCAUUUAUUUUCAUCUUUCUAUUUUUCUGACUAUUUUUUUUCCCUGACUAAACGAGAUACUUCAAAAUCCUGCGAGAAUCUCAAACAAUCUGAUAACUUUAACCACUGCUGCUGCUCCAGAUCAGGGGAUUCUCCAGCUCCUAGAUAGCUGCGACUACGGGGUCAAUGAGAGUGAAUCCUGAAGUGCCUGCGCAAAGUAGAAAAAUUUACAAUGAUUCCGUCUAUUGACUUCAAGAAAGGAGUAUCUCUUAGUGAAUCAAACCCAAAAGAAAAUAAAACUUGAUUAAACUAAACAAGUGGGCCAUGUUUGCUUCCAAUAAAUCAAGCAGAGGGGGAUGAAAGUGUCUGUUUUGAAAUGAUCAGGAUCCCAAUGAAUAGAAAAAACAAUUAGUCUAAAAAACAAACAAACAAAAAUUAGUGUGAAAAACAGAAAAGAAAAAAAAAAUUGUAUGAAAACUGAACAGAAAAAAUUACUCUAAAAAACAGAGCUUUUUUUUUUUGGUGAAUGCAAUAGGCUUCUGUACAGGAGCACAGCAAACCUCUCAGUAAUAAUGAUAUCAGUGAAAUCUUGUUAUUUAAGAGGCUGCAAACUGUUUUUCAAUGCUUGUUCAUUGUAUGUCUAGUAGAUUACAUUUAGAACGACACUUCAUUUUUCAAUUUAGGAAAAGAGUUGUUUUUUUUUGCAAUCAAGCUGAGUUUGUCAAAAAGUACAAGUAUUUAGACAGUCGAAUUAAGUUGAACAUAAAACCGUGUUUUCACUUCUGUAAAGGCUUGUCUCCAUCUCUUCCACAGCUAGAGGAUGAGGCUCUAAAGCAUAUCGGGGCUCACUGUCCAGAGCUGGUCACACUCAACUUGCAAACAUGCUCAGUAAGUAAUACUGUCAAAGUCUAGAGAAAGAACAAUAUGAUUGUUUUGGAAUUGCAGUGAAACUCUGUCAGCGUAUUUUCCUUUGUGAAUGAAAACUUUAUUUGUGAUUAUUUUUCUACACUAUAGAAUCAUUAAAAUAUUUGCCGAUGGGCUUUAAGUACAUAAUUCAAACCCAUUUAUUUUGUCUACUUCUUCUUCACAGUGUUUCUCUAGCCACCUUUAAAAAAGAAAAGAUACUUGAAGACAUAUCUCUAAUACACUCAGGUGCAAGGUGUGAAUCUCUUUCAGCUUUUGCAUUGAUAACUUUGUAUGCAAAACUGCAACUCAAUCUAGGAAGAGUCGCCAUGUUUCCACAGCAUGAUGAAUUUAUGAAAUAUUAGUUUAAUACUGCACAUACAAUUCUUUUUUUGUGCAUAUUUUAUAGCAUUUUCACCAUGUGUACAUCCACCAGUAUAUAACACAAAUAUAAACUCAUAAAGCUGUACACUACAAGAUUUUAAACAAAAACAUAAAUAUAAAUUCAUACAAUACACUUGUGCUUACAAGAAUUUGCAGAACAAAGAUUUGUCAUAAACCAACAACAAUGCUAAGCCAGAGACACGUUCAUGGAGUGAUAUAGAUAAGUGACAAUUUCAGAAUAUUUUAGGCCUGACUUUUGCUACAGGCUCCCUGUUUUGUUUUGUUUUGUUUUUUUCCUUUCAGUAUGUCCCUUACAUGCACAUACAAUUCUAACCUCUCUCUGUCUCUCUCUCCCUUUCCUUGAGCAGCAGAUCACAGACGAGGGCCUCAUUACAAUUUGCAGAGGUUGUCACCGCCUGCAGUCUCUAUGUGUGUCCGGCUGUGCCAAUAUAACAGACGCCAUCUUGCAUGCGCUGGGACAAAACUGCCCUCGCCUCAGGUAAGUUCAGAUGCAUGCACACUUGCACUCCAAACUCAACCAUACACUACUUUCCUUAACCCCAACAGAACCUCAAACUCCAAAAACCCUCUAGUUAGACUACGAAUUAAUCCCAAGACCUUAUCUGUUUUACUGAACAUUAAUUUGAGCCAUUAUCCACCUCACUAUGUGGAGUGAUCCCACCUUGAUGCCAUAAUUUAACCUACCGACAAGAGUAUUCUGGAAUUUUGGAUGAAUGAUUGUAUGCCUUGACUUUGAGGACCCACUCUACUGAGCAGACCUAAGGUGACAUUAUUUCUCAGUUUGUUUGAAGCGGUCAUCCCGUUUUGUAUUUUGUCUUUGUUGAACACAUGAAUACACAAAAAAUCAUAUUAACAGUAUGUACAUAUAAUAAAACCCCAAGAAAAAAAUAUAUUCACAUGAAAAUAAAAAUGUACCUCCUGGUGUAAUCGCUUUUAUUUUGAAAGGCUUCAAACAACUUCUGGUCCUCUCAGUGGAGGUCUGCAGCUGGGCUGUCUUGUUGAAUUUGGGCACUGUUUUGAGGUGGUUGAAAAAAUAUAAGAUAAAGUGGUUUGCAUGAAAGAGUUUUGAAGUCUUUGCAUAACAGUUGUAGGUUCAUUUACUAUCCUGCUUGUUUUAAAGGAAUAAAGAGGACUUUCUGCAUAGAUGUUAUUCCUGUCGAUUCACAUGAAUCCUGAAAGAGACAGACUGAUGGUAUCAUUGCUAAACUCUUUGCUCAUCUCGUUCUCUCUUCAGAAUAUUAGAAGUGGCUCGGUGCUCUCAGCUUACAGACGUUGGCUUCACUACAUUAGCAAGAGUGAGUGUGGCAUCUGGCCUUGUUUGCAUGCAACCAUUCAUGACUUCAAUAUUUGAAAUGUUGUCCUUAAAAGUUCACAUCUCCCCAAACCCACAUUGGAGUGUACAGUUCCUCUCUUAUUGCUGUGUCUUUCUCUGCUGCAGAACUGUCAUGAGCUUGAGAAGAUGGAUUUAGAGGAGUGUGUGCAGGUGAAUAACCAAUCCAAGCUACACAUAUCCUAGCUGUUGUUUUGAGUCUGCAGUUGUGACAGUUUUUGUCUUUUUUUAAAAUUUCAUCAGAUCACAGAUGGAACUCUUAUCCAGCUGUCUAUCCACUGCCCUCGUUUGCAAGUCCUGGUGAGUGUGUGCCUGUCAGCUUCACAUACUUGCUCCAAUAGCUUUUACACGCAACAAAUCACAUCUUAUCAGGCAGACAGUUGAGUGAUGGAGCUUCCUCGUUCCACUGUGUUCAUUUAGAGUCUGUCUCACUGUGAGCUGAUCACCGAUGAUGGUAUCAGACACCUGGGAAGUGGUCCCUGUGCUCACGACCGUCUGGAGGUGAUCGAGCUGGACAACUGCCCCCUGAUCACAGACGCUUCACUGGAGCACCUGAAAAGCUGCCAUAGUCUGGAUCGCAUCGAGCUCUACGACUGCCAGCAGAUCACGCGCGCUGGCAUCAAGAGACUAAGGGUGAGUUGUGUGGGCAAACAACAGUGACUCACAUAUUCAUAUGAAGUGUUGACUCAGUAUAUGCUGGUGCCUUUGUUUGAAAUCAAUGACAUGAUUAAACACAUUUUAGCCUCUGAGAUCGGAGAUAAAACCAGAGAGAAAAUCCACUAUGUUUGUAAGUUAAGGUCUCAAAAAUGCAGUUAGGUGACCAAAGAAUAAGAAAUACUUGAAAGACCAUCUUUGAACCCUCUUUUUCUGAAACAUCAGAUUGUAUUUCAGGAUAGAUGUGUAUGACUUCUUCAAAGACCCACUCUGAUGAAAAUCAUGUUAUUCUUAUUGUCCACAUGUUCAUAUGGCAUUUUUCUGAUGCUACAGGACAUAUCAGGAAAAAACUAAGUGUGAAAUCUCAUUUCUGAGUAUUUCUGCAUUCAAAUCAAUUUGAAUAUCUGGCAGACCCAAACGGCAGAUUUCGAUACAGUGAGAUUUCCUACAUAGCAAAUCCAAGCUCCGCCCCCGGAGCCCCGCCAGACUCAGAAAAAUAGAGAGGACAAUUGCAGAACAAGCAUGUGCGUUACCGGAUUGCAAUACUUGUAAGACAGAUAAUAAUCUUAUUAACCUUCAUCAUGUCCCUAAAGACAUUAGUGUCUCAGAGCUGGAUAGCUCCUAUGUUACCUGUCACUUCUACUACACCGGCAAUGUUCGGCUGCAAGCUAGCAUGAAGAGGAGUGUGCAGAGCAGCGCUGUUGCCGCCUACGACUCAGAGGUGAAUUGCUAAUGAGCUACUGGAGCUCUGCAGAAGAGAAGCCCUUGAAAAUGACACAUGUAACAUGACUUUGGCUAAAAACUUCGGAGUGGGACUUUACAGAUGAUUUUAAUUAGUAAUCUCAAAGAAAAGUCAGUCUUUUCUCAGUUCAUAAAAACAGCAUGGUGUUGGCUCUGCUGCUUAUUGCUCAAUGUUGUCUAACAGUCAUAUUUAUGUAAGAGUUUUGGCCGGUGCUUUUCAGCCUGUAGCUCUCAGUAGUAGUCAUGAGAGCAGUGCUUUAGUCGACAAGGAAGAAGUGUUAAAGAGAGCUAAUGUAAAAGCAAAACACUACAUGAGGUACAGACUAUACAGUCACAUACGCUGGGGCAUGUUCUUUUUACCAAAAAAGGAUUUCUUCCCUAGCAUGUACUUGUCCUGUUUUAUUGAUUAAGGGAGCUGCGGAGGAGAAUGCGUCUCAAGUAGAUGGAUGCAUUCAUAGAUUCAGAGAAGUGUCCAGUGUUCGAGUCAUGUCUCCUUUCGUAAGAGGUGACAAAUCAAAACCAAAGUGUGAAACACAAAGAGUCUGCUCAGUAUUAGAGAGAUCUUGUCUCUUUAUUCACUCUCAAGCCUGCCAACACUUCUAGUCAAGGUCAAUACUAUACAUUUACUCAGUCCCAGCCAGACAGAGUGUGGAAUAAUUUGAUCUGACAGAUGGUUUGAAGGUGUUUUUUUAGCUACUUAAUAUAAGUUUACUAGAUUUCUCAGAUUAAUUAUCACAUUUUCAUCGGCUUUUCUUCUUCUCCAUCCACAGACUCAUCUGCCCAACAUCAAAGUGCACGCAUACUUCGCUCCCAUCACUCCACCCCCCUCCGUUGGAGGCAGCCGUCAGAGGUUUUGUCGCUGCUGUGUCCUGUUAUGAUGUAAAGACAACAACCCCUCCUUUCCUCACUCUGUGUUCCCCGUACACACUCCCCACAGCCCACCACUUGACCCCUGACCUGCUGUUCCCCUCCUGGCCCCUCUGUCAGAAAGUACAUGCUGGUGUCCCCCCACCCUCCUACCCCCUUGGAGCUGCAGAGAGAGGGAGAGAGCCAACUAACGCUACAGGGUCUCUGGUAACUUUCCCCAAAAAACAUUCCCAAAACUCACCACCACACAGUACAGAACAGGCUUUCACACAAGCUGAAAUACAGACACACAUGCACAGAUUAAGAAGAAUGUCUGAACAUUCCUGGUCGCUGUUCAGAGGACAAGCCAGUAUUACAAAGAGGGUUAUGUAAAAACAAAUGUGAUCGUCACUGCUAAAGGAUUUAACUCUUCAUCGAGUCAAGUCCAAAAGAUUGUUUUAAGGAUAACAAAACGGGACUGUGACAUAAAAAAAAACGCUCCAUAUUUGGGAGGAGAUACAUUCAACUUAUUUAGCACUUUGAGAGACAGAUUCAAGUUGUACUGAAGAGGUUAAAACAAUCCCCUCUUCAUUUCUCGCAUUAUUCCCUCAGUGUUGAAGGUCACUUAACAGCUACCUCCAGAUAAGAACUACACUCAAGUUAAGCUUUGAUUUGCAGGCUGUUCAUUUCAAAAAAGGGGAAGCAGUGCAGCGAGUUAACUGCCAACACCCCAAACACACACAGAAAGCAACAGGACGCAUAUUUUGUGAUUCAUUUUUUUUUGUUUUGUUUUGUUUUGUUUUCAAAAAGCAUACUUGCAUCUUUUUGCACCUCCAGUAAAAACAAUGACAAGACACUUUACGAAGAAGGCUGGCAGACUUCCUCUCAUGUGCACACUGAGCUUGCUCCACCUGUACCCCCACCUCUCUCUCUGUCUCUCUGUUACAAUCAGAAGCUUCAACAUUCUGAAGAGAAAAAAAAAAAAAGACAAAGUUCAAUAUUUUUCUAAAAAUGGACACCGAUUACUUACAAGUGGGGGACGAGAAGAUGCCAAAUGUUGCAUGUAACAACUCUAGUUUUUUAAAGUCUAACUGUACAGAUACAUGAAGACUGCAAUUUUAGAGAGACAAAGUCGGCUUAGCGAGAGAAGACAGUAUGAGAUCACUGCUGAUGGAUCUCUCUGGGGGAACUACAGAAGACCACCUCGGCUGGUUAGAGUACAGAUCUGUAUUCAAGUAUGUACAAGAGCUUUGGACAGACAGACUGAGCUGGCUCUUCAUCUGGAGUUUGACAGAGGAACUGAUGCCGGCCUGUCAGAAAGGUUAUAAAAAACAAAAACCUGAUUUGACAAAAGAAAAAAAGGUCUGACAUCCCAUCGUGAAAUUUUACAGUCAGACUGGGACAACAGGUGGAAGAAUCCAACUAAAAACAAUCAAAGUGAUUCUUAUUUUUAGUUGGCUUGAUUUCGUUAAGUUGGUUGUCGCUCGGUGAUGGUUCUGACGAUGAGGACCUGUCUGACGUGGGAUAGGCAUUAGCGACUCCUCGAUUCCCAUGAGGCCUUGCAAGGGACAGAGUGACAGAGUGUUACACCCUGCUACAUGUGACUUCCUCCAAGUCCUGCUGCUGGAGGUAAAGACUGGAUCAGACUUGUGAAGUCACCGCAAGAGGAAGUCAACUGAAUUUUGAGCACAUGACUCUGGCCUGCUGACAGAAAGGAUGGAAUGAUUUUUGGAGGGCUGCCAUGGACUUCGGCCCCCUGCCCCAUGAAGUAUUGAAGCCUUUUCUUAUGGAUUAUCUUCUCCUGCACUUGCACCUGCUUUACUCUGUGUUUGUCUUUCUUUGGCUUUUCAUUUUUUAAAUGUCUUUUUCUGCUUCUCUGUCUGAUCUCCUCUGGAUCUCCACUGUUUCUCUUCUUUUGCAGUUCUGUUUUGGUGUGGUUUGGAUUGCACCUGCUUUGUGUUUGAAGUCAUGAGUUCAGUGUCUCCAAGUUAAGUUUGAGUCCUUUUUCCAGUCCUCAGUUUUGAUCUGAUGGUGUUUGUGUUUUUAUCAAGAGUUUAUUGUUACUAAAUGUCUGGAGUGUAGCCUUUGUCUAGGGGAAGUGUUGGCGCCAGUGCAAUUGUAAUAAACAUUGAAUUUGAGUUGGAUUUUUUUUAAAUGUGAGCUGAGGAGGAGUUCACGAUAAAGACGAUGACGAUGAACUGUAUGUAUGAUGUACAGUAGGCUCUACAUAUUGAAUGUUUCCAUCAAGGAGAAGUCUUCGAGGUGGCUGUUCAGGCAUUGUGUGCUACUCAAGCUGAAUCCGAUUUUUCUCCCAAAGCGUGCUUUCCUCAUCUUAAUUUUAAUGCCUUGCUUUUUGAAAUACUGCCCUCCCAUAAUGCACCCUGCCCAAAUACACGGCCAAAACCCAGAGUGGAAUGUUGAUCACUUUCAAAUGUCCCAAUUCUGGUUUAAGAUGCCAACAGGCAAAAGACUCUAUGAUGACUCUGUUCAGUUUGUCAUUUGACAGCUACGGUAGGCCAGAUAAUACAAGCUGAGAGAAUCCAGUGUAAUCCAGUCUGAUCUGUUUUGUUUGAAUGGGGGUUUACAGGGAUUAGGGAACAACUAAGAGUCAAAAUGGCGGAGGUAUCUAAUGUGCUCUGUCACUGUGCUCUAGGGUUAACACUGUUAACUGGGGGGAAAAAGGAAAAGUCUUCUGAUCUAUAAAAGAAAUCUGGUUUCAAUGCCUUUUACUCCUCUUCAUUCAAUUCAGGUGUUCCAGGCUGAGUCAGCAGCGUGGCUUAACAUGUGCUUUCCUUGAGAACCCUUUGAAUGGAUUACAGUGACCAAGACUCAUCCUACCCCUGAUUGUUAUAUAUGUACAAAAGAAAUGACCUGUCAUUAGUCUUUUCAUGGUGCAACAUACACUACAGCAGAUUGAUUUUUUCACCACGGCAUUAAACAUCUCUGUGUCCUCCGUCACUUUCUCACACAAGUUCACACAGAGUCCAGUAAAUACGCUCCCAGUCAGUUUGUUUCGUUCAUGUCGCUUCCAAAACACUGGAGUCCGGCUAAGGAUCAGGACAGAGGGUAAAAGGUAAAUCUACAGUGAGAGUCCAUGGUAGGAUCAAAGCCUGAGAAAUUUCAAAACGAUUUUGACAAUGACUGUAGUUAAUAUAAUUACUGUAAAUCUUUUCCUUUUUUUUUUUUUUUUUUUUUUUUUUUUUUUACAAUUAACCAAUAUAAAUAAAUAUGUACGUAUGAAUAAAUAUAUACCUAUAUUAUUAAGUCUUGUCUGGGUGUCUCUGGUGUUGCACUAGUGAUUUCAUGUUAUUUCAACUUGGCAUUAGCUUUGUUUGGGCAGUAGAUGGCAGCAGAGGGCUAGCUGUUUUAAAUCUACAUCACUGCUGCUGUGAUUUCACCUGAGUUUUCAAGUGACUCCAGCAGAUUUGCUUUGAGCAGAGUCAGAAAGGAAUAACCUUCAGCUCCUAGACUGAAAGAAAAAAAAAGCUUUAAUAAAAGGAAAUAAGAAAGUUUAUUUAUAUUUUUUAAGACACAACAUUUGACUUUUAUGUUAUAAGUAUCUGACUAUGACUGCUUGCUUGAAUGUAAGGCAGCCACCUGCAAUUUAUGAUUCAUAUUUUCAUUGUAAUGUCAUGAUCAUGUCUUUGGUGUUAACAGUUUUUAACCAAAGGCUAUCACUGGGCAUACUUGAUAGUGAAACACCUAAAUUAAGCCUUUGGAAAUGAAAGAGUACAUAUGAUGGUCAAUAAUGUCAUAAUUGCUGUAGACUACUGUAAUUUCUAUAGAUGGCUUUUUUUUCUUUUGCUAAAUACCGGUAUAUUUAUUUAAAUGUGAAUGUUAAUUAAGAUAUUGUUCUCCUUCUAGUAAGGAUAAACCUGUCAUUUAGAUCCUAUUUUUCUGAAGAUA